ACCCAAAACCCCCCGGCACUCUCUCUCUCUCUCUCUGCUUGCGAAUGGCGAUCGACGAACCGUUCGUCGUCGCCGGGAAAGAAAGCUACAGGACCUGCGUUGUCUUCGGCGGCCGAGGCUUCGUCGGAAGAUCGCUCGUCCUCCGGCUUCUUAAGCUCGGCAACUGGAUCGUACGAAUCGCUGAUUCCGCUCAGUCUCUCGAGCUUGAUCCGUCCGAGCGCGACUCGCUUCUCUCCGAAGCCGUCUCCGAUCGUCGCGCUUCGUAUGUGCAAGUUGAUGUUCGCCAUAAAUCUCAAAUCGUCAAUGCUAUUGAGGGUUCAUCGGUCGUAUUUUAUACGGAUGCUACUACUACAUAUGCUGAUGGUUUCUACAACUGUUACAUGGUUAUUGUUAAAGGUGUGAAAAAUGUAAUCAGUGCUUGCCGUGAGUGUAAAGUUAAACAGUUAAUAUACAACAGUUCUGCAGAUGUAGUAUUUGAUGGGUCACGUGAUAUACAUGGUGGAGACGAGUCCUUGCCUUACCCUUGGAAAUUUAAGGACAUGUUUAGUGACUUGAAGUCUCAAGCGGAAGCACUUGUCCUCUUUGCUAACGAUAUUGAUGGCCUUUUAACAUGUGUGCUUCGCCCUAGCAUUGUCUUUGGACCUGGAGAUAGACAGCUUGUUCCUUUUCUUCUGAACAAUGCAAAAUCUGGAUGGUCAAAGUUUAUUAUAGGAAAUGGUGAGAAUAUGUCAGACUUCACCUAUGUUGAAAAUGUUGCCCAUGCCCAUAUCUGUGCAGAAGAAGCUCUAUGUUCUAGGAUGGUUUCUGCGGCUGGGAAGGCAUUUUUCAUAACUAAUCUUGAGCCAAUGAAGUUUUGGGAUUUUGUAUCUCUCAUAUUGGAAGGCUUGGGAUAUCAAAGACCAUUUAUCAAACUUCCUGUCAGGAUGGUUUGGUAUAUUCUUUUGCUUGUCAAGUGGACGCAUGAAAAGCUGUGCUCUAGAAAACAGAGCCAUCUUUUGUCAUCGCAGUACUUUUUUCAGUUAGCCUCUUGCACUAGAACUUUUAAGUGCUCUGCGGCUCAAAAACAUAUUAAAUACUCACCAGUUGUCCCCCUCAAAGAAGGUGUCUCGUUAACCAGUGAUUCAUUCUCGCAUUUAUCCAAAGACUCGCAGUCCGUGAGAUACAGUGAGUUUAAUGAACAAUCAAAAGUUGAUAAGCUGCUAGGCAGUGGGAAAGUGGCAGAGAUUUUGCUUUGGAGAGAUGAGAAGAAAACAUUUACAUGUUUCCUUGUGCUGGUUCUGUUGUUUUACUGGUUUUUCCUUUGUGGAAGAACUUUUGUCUCAUCUGCGGCAAAACUUCUCAUGUUAGUUAUUGUCAUCCUUUUUGGGCAUGGAUUUCUACCAUCAAAGAUGUUUGGGUUCAAUGUUCAGAGAAUAUCUUUGUCCUGUUUUGAAAUCCCAGAUAUGGUUGUAGAAGAUUCAUUCAUAGUCAUAGCAACUUUGUGGAACAGAGGAGUUGAUGUUAUAAGAGCAUUGGCCAAAGGAAAUGAUUGGAACCUAUUUUUAAAGGUGGCAUUUCCCCUCUACCUUCUCAGGAUUAUCUCGUCGUAUUCCAUGGCCGUGGUGGUUGGUGCAGUUCUAAUCAUUGCAUUCACGGCACUUUUCAUUUACGAGCAAUAUGAAUCGGAAAUAGAUGGAUUGGUUGAAAUAUCGUUCAAUGUUGUUAAGAAUUUGAGUGGAUUAUUGAUGAGGAAUCUACCUGCACCUGUGGUAAAGAUUCUACGUAACUUUGAAAUAGUAAAUCAAAAUGAAGAGCUUGAGACGGUAAAGGAUUGGCAAUAACUCACCGGAGCAACCACCAAAUCAAGUGUCAACUGUAAAAAUAGGAAUUGGGUCUUUGUAUCAAGUUAUAGAGAUGAUGUUAGUGUUAUAAUUUUUCCAAAAUGCUAGGUUAUAGAUGUAUAUGCAUUUCAGUCAUCCAGUCCCAAAAUAGACAGACAAUCUUGGUUCCAGUCACACUUCCAAGGGGCGUAGCUUGAUGGUGGACAAAAACUAGACUGGCACAACUGAUUAGAGAGAGAGAGAGAGAGAGAGAGGCUACUGGUCAAGCACACUAGGGGCCUGUUUAGCUAUGGAAAAAUGUUUUUAUAUUUUUCAUUUAUCUUUUUUUUUUUUUUUUUUUUGUUUGCUACUACUAUAAAUAUGCAUUUAUCAACA